AUGGAGUCCUACCGACCAUCCUCCCAUAGCCCAUUCCGGUCCAGACGGUCCCAUCCAGCCCUAAAUCACAUCUCGCUCGUGCCACUUACGCCGCGAUUCCCAAUCGACGAUUCACCGGAUCAAGAUGGCUACUUCCAAUCGGCCCAUGGACAAUCCACAUCAUACCUUUCCAGCUCUUCAGUUCCGAGCACGCCACCCAUUCUGGCGCAUUCACGCGCUAGUUCUCGAACGCGACAUCAUAGGCGUACCAGGAGCUCGAGCCAUGCACUCAGUGACACCGAUCUUCGCAGUCUAGCUUCUCGAAGGGAAAUACAUCAGCAACAAGUUCAACCCCGUACGUCAAAGUCAGGCUCACAAACACCAUCUGCACCCAAAAGAAAGUCACAAGACUCGGAAUGGCUACUUCGAGCGGGUCUUGCGCUCACGUCAUCAACCCGGGAAGAGAAAGGGCAGAGUUGGCUAGUCAAGAGGGAGAGUUCAACGAGUCUGGUAGCGGAAGCAGAGCCGGAUGUGAUUCGGACAGCUCGCCAUCAGCGACGGGGCAGAAGUACACCUUUUCUUCGAUCUGCGCGCUCAUCUGCUGUGACCACCCCAGCAGCACUUUCGCGACGGCCAUCGAGGUCCCGAGAGCAUAGUAGAUAUACCAGUCGUGCGGACUUGGCCAUGACGGCAAUGGGUGUAGAAAGUGGUGGCGCAUCAAGGCAAUCCCGCAAAUCCAGCAUGGGAAGCCAUCAUGCCACACUCCCGGAUUUCGUGGACGAACGGAUUCGUGCUGAGAUCGCUUCUAUUCAUGGGCGUAGUCUGGAUGAUUACGAUGAUGACUUUGAUGACCACCUAUCUGGUUCGGAGUCCUAUGAUUCGGAGUCCGGGACGGACGAUGAAAUGGACGAGAAAGAAUUCCAGCGUUUAACUCGCGAGCGAGGAUUUGGUCUUGGGACUUGGGUAGACCAGUUUGUUAGCUGGACGUUGUUUGGAGUAGAAGAGGAUUCUCCCACAUCACCGCCUGAUGCGUCCGAAGAGGUGUCUAGUCGUCAUGCCACUGUUGCUUUUGAACCGGUUGUUGUAUUGCAUCAAGAGGAGUCUGUUGAUGACGACUCGGGGAGUGUCAUCAAUCAUGACAAGGCUGCAGAUCUGGUGGAGAAGCCCGGGGAACAGGGAGGGUGGGCUGAUGCAAGUUGGUUUUUGAAACUGGCCAGGAACGCCAUCAUUUGA